AUGCUGUGUGCAGUUCUCUUUGGACUGAUGAGAAAGUCAGUCAGUUCUGAUUCUCACCUUUGCUUGGUUGGGGCCCAGAGGUCAAAGGACAGUGCAGGAGUGGAGUUGGCUGUGGCCAGUGGUGUUUGGGGAGCAGGAGCAAGUGAUGAAGAGACCCACACCUGGUGCCCUCCAGCACCGGCACUGUGCCUGCAGAGGCAGGCGGACCCCACCGUGUCAGCCCAGGGAGGCCAGGUGGCUGCAGCUCCACCAAGCGGAGAAGUUGCCGGCCUCCCUCCUCCAGGUGCGCAUCGAGCUCCUGGGACUUUUGCUGGCAGCUCCCGUGGGCUGCGCAGGGCUCUGGGGGUCCCACUGCCUGGGGCGCACUCUGCUCACUUGGCCAGGGAACACGCAGGGCCGGGGAGAACUGCCUCCCCUGAGUACCACUGCAUGAACAGGUGGAGUCAUCCCACCGGUGCAGCCAGGAUGCAGAGCGCUGGUCUUCCUGCGCAGGGAGCAGAGGCACAGAACCAUCCUGUCACAGGAAUAACCCGAGUCACAUGCUUUGCAGACCAGCUCAUGAGCUUGGUUUCUGUCUUAUUAAAAUCCUUGAGCUUUGGAAAUGCAGUAUCUGAGAAAGAUGCAGGAGAAAGUGCGUUUCAAGAUCCACCACCUCUGACUAUUACGCUCCAGCUGACGUGGGUGGCUUCCUGUCUCCUGGCGCUGCUGCUGCUGCUGCUGCUGGGGGGCGGCAUUCCCCCUCCACCCUCCGGGCUGCUGGGGGAGCUCUGCCAGCACAUCGACCUCCACCAGGACGAAUUUGUGCAGACGCUGAAGGAGUGGGUGGCGGUGGAGAGCGAUUCCAUCCAACCAGUGCUUCAUUUCAGACAAGAGCUCUUCCGGAUGAUGGCCAUGGCUGCAGAAAGCGUGGAAUCCAGGGACCUGGGCUCUCAGCAGCUGCCUGAUGACCAGAGUCUUCCCAUCCCUCCUAUCAUCCUGGCUGAACUGGGGAAUGAUCCGAAGAAACCCACCGUGUGCUUGUAUGGGCACCUGGAUGUGCAGCCGGCUCAGGAGAGCGAGGGGUGGCUCACGGACCCCUACACACUGACAGAGGUGGACGGGAAACUGUAUGGACGAGGAUCAGUAGACAACAAAGGCCCCGACCUAGCUUGGAUUCAUGCUGUGAGCGCCUUCAGAGACCUAGAGCAAGAUCUCCCUGUGAAUUUCAGGUUCAUCCUUGAAGGGAUGGAAGAAGCUGGUUCUGUUGCCCUAGAGGAACUUAUCAAAAAAGAAAAGGACCGGUUCUUCUCCAGUGUGGACUACAUCGUGAUUUCAGAUAAUCUAUGGCUCAGUCAGACGAAGCCCGCGCUCACUUAUGGGACUCCAGGGAACAGCUACUGCCGCAGUCUGGUGAGAUGCAGAGAUCAAGAUUUUCAUUCCGGAACCUUUGGUGGUAUCCUCAACGAGCCAAUGGCUGACUUGGUGGCUCUUCUGGGAAGCCUGGUGGAUUCCUCAGGUCAUAUCCUGAUCCCUGGAAUCUAUGACCAAGUGGCUCCUCUUACAGAGGAGGAAAAAAAACUAUAUGAAGCCAUUGAAAUGGACCUAGGAGAAUACCAGAAUAACAGCCAGGUCGAGAAAUUUCUGUUUGAUACCAAGGAGGAAAUCCUAAUGCAUCUGUGGCGGUACCCAUGUCUUUCUAUUCACGGGAUCGAGGGUGCGUUUGAUGAGCCUGGAACUAAAACAGUUAUACCUGGCCAGGUGAUAGGAAAAUUUUCAAUCCGUCUAGUCCCUCACAUGAACAUGUCUGUGGUGGAAAAACAGGUAACAAAUCACCUUGAGGACGUGUUCUCCAAAAGGAACAUCUCUAACCGCAUGGCUGCUUCCAUGACACUGGGACUUCAACCAUGGAUUGCAAACAUCAACGACAUGCAGUAUCUCGCAGCAAAAAGAGCCAUCAGCAGAGUGUUUGGAACAGAACCAGAUAUGAUGCGGGAUGGGUCAACCAUUCCAAUAGCCAAAAUGAUCCAGGACCUCAUUCAAAAGAGCGUGAUGAUGCUUCCACUGGGGGCUGUCGAUGAUGGGGAACGCUCUCAGAAUGAGAAGAUCAACAGGUGGAACUACAUAGAGGAGUCCAAGUUAUUUGCUGCCUUUUUCCUGGAGAUUGCUAAGCUACAUUCAGGACAGUAG